AUGUUAUUUGCUCGAUCGGUACGCGCAAACCACUGCAAUGGGUCCGGGAAGGCGGUUGCAUACCCAAAUUGGAGUACCAUUCAUCAGCCGUGGGCCACUGCUUUGAACGGCCACGUGCCAGCAGGCAUACUAGCAACGCCUUUACUCCCAAUACCGAACACAUUUUCAUUCCUGAAUAAUAUUCGAGGCAAACCCCGACGUGGAAUGCUCAGACGUGCUGUUUUUUCCGACCUUCAACGCAAAGGGCUUGAAAAAAUGUUCCAAAAACAAAAGUAUAUCAGUAAACCAGACCGCAAGAAGUUAGCAGCCAAACUUGGACUCAAAGAUUCACAGGUAAAAAUCUGGUUUCAAAAUAGAAGAAUGAAGUGGAGAAACUCCAAGGAACGGGAACUUUUGUCAUCCGGUGGAACACGAGAAUCGACAUUACCAAACAAAAAUAAUCCCAACCCUGAUCUCAGUGAUGUUGGCAAAGGAGAUGAAUCGGAUGACCUGGAGAGUUCACCCAAGAACGAUAACACAAAAGAAAUGGACUCUAUUUCGCGGGGUCAUAUGACAUUGAUUUCUCCUCUCUCUCUCUCUCUCUCUCUAUCUAUCUAUCUAUCUAUCCAUCUAAGCCAUUAUGUUUCUUCACGUGCUUUUAUUCACAGAUCGCAGUAA